AUUACUUAUUUUACUAAAGAAUAUCCUUGGAUUUAUUUUAAAAAUAAACAUAUUGGAUGUAWGAUCUGUAGAGAUGUAAAUCAAAAUUUAUUAAAUCAAAAAGGAUCACAUGUGGCAUCUGAAUGGUCUAAUGGAGAAGUUUAUUCAUCAGGUUCUACAUUAGAAAAGAAAAAAACUAAUUUAAGAAAAAAAAUUUCUAAAYACAAGAAUUCUGCUGCUCAUUUAAAUGCACAAAAAGUUAUAUUUUUGUCUGAAAAAAAAGUUAUUGAUGAACAUAUUUCAAUGUUGAUGGUGACUGAUCAAGAAAAUACUGCAAGAAUAUUUCGCACAGCUUAUUUAAUAGCUAAAAAUCAACGCCCUUAUACAGAUAUGCCAAAACUUACAGAUCUCCAAGAAUUAAAUGGACUUGAUAUGGGAAGAAUACUUCAGACUAACGUAUCAUGUUCUAAUAUUWUUGAUCACUUGGCCUUAGAAAUGAGAAGGAAGAUUGCUAUGGACAUUGUGAAAAAUAAUAGAAAAAUUUGUAUUUUAGUUGAUGAAUCCACAACAUUAAGUAAAAAAUCUAUGUUAGUUAUAUGUUUACGUUKUGCAGUUGGUGAACUUAAUGAAGUAUACACAUUUUUGUUUGAUAUUGUUGAAGUAUCAAAUACUUCAGCUAAAACUAUAAAAGAUUCUAUAUUACAAGUAUUGGAAAAAUAUGGUAUGGACACUCAUUUUUUGAAAAAAAAUUUAAUUUCUUUUGUAAGCGAUGGAGCUUCAAACAUGUUAGGCCGUAAAGCAGGAGUUGGUGUAUUAUUACAGAAAAGUUUUCCUCAUAUUAUACUUUGGCAUUGUUGUAAUCACCGUCUAGAACUUGCUGUUGCGGAUUGUUUAAAAGAAGUAAGUGGAAUUAAUCAUUUCCAAUCAUUUAUUGAAAAACUAUACUCACUGUAUCACAUGUCACCAAAAAAUAUGAAUGAGUUGAAAGAAUGUGCUAAUUCCAUUGAUCAACAGUUAUUAAAAAUAGGUAAAAUAUUUACAAUUAGAUGGGUAGCUUCAAGUCUUCGGACAAUAAAAGCUGUUUGGAAUAACUUUGAAUCUCUUUUUCAACAUUUUUCUAAUGCAAUAAUGGAUGAUCAAAGGAGCUCUAAAGAAAAAGCAAA